AUAUCUGUCUGUCUGUCUGUCUGUCUGUGUGUCCACGUGUCUUCUUCUUCCCCAACUUUAUCGAGUCUGCUUUUUACGUGAUUCGGGUUCAAAUCACCGUCGUUUCCAUUUUUUUAUUUUUUUGAUUGAGAUUUUUUGGUUCUAGGGUGAGUGUACAUGUCUAGUUUUAUAGCCCGUGAGUGUUAGCUUCGAGGUACUAAUCCCGACCGCUCCUUCUUUUUCAUCGACGGCUUGACUUUUCUCUUUUUGAUUGAUUAAUUUCUUUGAUUUGAUACAGUGCACACAUAUAUAUACAUAUAUAUUAAUUAGUUUCUGGGACCAGGUUUCAGUAUCCGAGCUCCUCUACAAUCAUGGCGGUUUAUUAGAGGCUAAUUUUGGAUCUUCGUCUUGUCCGUCUUAACUGCUCCACCACCAAGUCUCCUCCCAUUUCCUUUUUCUGCUUUUAUCGAGGCAUCUUUCAAGGAUGACACACUCCUCCUUCUCCAGGCUCCAAAUAAUCACGGUGGCUUUAGCAGCGUCGACGAUAUUGUUCUUCUUUGGUGUCGUUUCGAUGCCUGUGCUUCUCUCAGGCAUGAGGAUCAGGAGCUCCGACGGUAACAACGCCACGCUCACUGUACCGCAUCGCAAGCUUCUUCUUCAUCGUGGAAUGGUGAAACCGAACCGAAUAAGGGGAGAAAAGUGUAGCAGGUCGGACAUUGUGGUGAAUCAAGGCCCCACACCCCCACUCCCAAGUGGUAUUCCCACCUAUACUGUUGAGAUCAUGAACGUCUGCGUCAGUGGUUGUGACAUCUCCAGCAUUCAUUUGAGCUGUGGCUGGUUUAGCUCUGCCCACCUUAUCAACCCCAAGAUCUUCAGGAGGCUUCGCUACAACGAAUGCCUCGUCAAUGACGGCAAGCCCUUGGCUAAUGGUCGAACCCUUUCUUUCCAGUAUGCCAAUACAUUCCCCUAUCCUCUCUCUGUCUCCUCCGUCGUCUGCGUUUGAGUGACAAUACGCAUGGUUUUUCCUUACCAACUCACUACUACGUACGUACGUAUAGCAGCGCACUCAUAAACACUCGUGCAAUGCCCACCCCCCAAAGCAGGACUUAAAAUCGGUGAUUAAUACAAAAAAUACUAGGAUAAGAUACCCAUUUUCGUUUCUGCCGUUCUGCUUUGGCUUUAGAAGUUUCCCUUUUUUUGUUGUUGGUUUGAGUCUAUUUUCCGGGGACUUUGAACGAUUGAGGGUAUUGUGUUCACUGUAAAGGGUGUCUUCUGAAUUGGGGUUGGAGGGAGAAAGAGAGGAAGGAAAAUUGGUUGGAUAUGACUGAUAUUUUUUCGGGUUGGAUAGUUGUCUUGUCUGUAUAUAUAAUAAAAGUGAUAUACAAUAUGGUAGUUACAUUCGUGAA